UGUAAACAUAAGAUCGUAAAUUCGUAAACAGUAAACACUAGUAAACAGUCCAUAUCUGAUGAGUCUGAUAAAUUGAAUAAUUAAAGGCAUCGUGUUAAAGGCUGUAACCAAUCCACAAUGUCAGACUCUUCAUUUGAAUCUGAUGAUGACUGUGAUGGCCUCCUUAGGAAAGCAUUAGAUGUCGACUUUCCAGAGGAUUUCAAUCCAAACUCCAUUCCCCAAAAUGGUCAAGAAUAUCUACAUCAUGUGAUAUAUGAAAGAAACCAAUGUGAAAAAUUGGUUAUUUCGAACAUAGAUCCAAAUAAAUAUAGAAAAAAUCAAACAUAUGCAGUGAAAGUAAAAGAUCCAGUGAAGACAUCAAUCAAUCAUUACUUACCUUCCAAUAGUUGGCAGCAUGAGAAAAUCCAGCAUUUUUUACACAUGAAGCACUUCCUUGAGAAAUAUAAUGAUGGUGCUAGAUCAACAAAGACUCUGACCACUUUUGAUGAAAAUGAUUUCAUAGAAAAAAUGAAGAAUCAGUUACCAUCUUUCUCAGAAUUUCAGACACUCUCACAAGCAAUAAAAAUUAAAAUGCUUGAAUUGAUUAUGAGACAUUUAAAUUCUUUAGAACCUGGGAACAGCAUCAGUGACAAUGUGGGAACUUGGAUAUUUGCUGUUUUGGUAAUGUUGGAGAUCCCUCUGAGUCCAAGCUGUUGCCAUAUAAUUCGUGAAUUUGCAAGAACUUGUAUUGAGCUUAGAUCUCAGCUCUCAGAAAAUGCAGAUGAAAAUUUAUAUGUGCCUUUGAAUUUUUGCAUAUGUAUUUGUAGUAGAUGUUUUGGACAAUUAGAUUUAUCUGACUGAACUAAAAAUGUUUAUAAAUAACCAGUGUACCUAUAACU